GCUGCACAGGUCUUUCUGCUUGUCUUCUUCCUUGGAACAGAGUAUUGUCUCCUCACCACCAUGUGCUACGACCGCUACGUUGCCAUCUGCAAACCCCUGCACUACGGGACCCUCCUGGGCAGCAGAGCUUGUGCCCACAUGGCAGCAGCUGCCUGGGCCACUGGCUUUCUCUAUUCACUGCUGCACACAGCCAAUACAUUUUCCCUGCCCCUGUGCCAGGGCAAUGCCCUGGGCCAGUUCUUCUGUGAACUCCCACACAUCCUCAAGCUCUCCUGCUCACACUCAGGCUACCUCAGGGAACUUGGGCUCCUUGGGGUUACUGCCUGUUUAGUGUUUGGUUGUUUUGUUUUCAUUGUUUUCUCCUAUCUGCAGAUCUUCAGGGCUGUGCUGAGGAUCCCCUCUCAGCAGGGACGGCACAAAGCCUUUUCCACGUGCCUCCCACACCUGGCUGUGGUCUCUCUGUUUGUCAGCACCGCAGCAUUUGCCCACCUGAAGCCCCCCUCCAUCUCCUCCCCAUCCCUGGAUCUGGCACUAUCAGUUCUGUACUCGGUGGUGCCUCCAGCACUGAACCCCCUCAUCUACAGCCUGAGGAACCAGGAGCUCAAGGAUGCCAUAAGGAAAAUGAUGACUGGAUGCUUUUCAGGAGCAAUAAAGUUCCAGUUUUCUGGUGUGUAGCAUUCAGAAUGGGACUCCUUAAUGGCCCAGCCUUCCUGUUCACAUUUUUC